CAGCAAGGUGAUUCGCAGUGGGUAACAUGUGACUUUCAAAAUUGCAGACUGAAUCUGAAGUGACCAUGUCGUAUCCUGGCUAUCCAGGAAACCCUUCGCUCCCAGGUUAUCCGCCGGCUGGCCCAGUGGCGCCACCUGCAUAUGGAUACCAGCCACCGUACAACCCUUACGUACCACCUGCCGGUUAUUACCCUCCGCCGCCUACUGUUCCGGUAGGUCCGGGGUUAGGUCCAGGGGUGGUGAAUCCAGGAGGUCCUGCGGGUGCUCCCCCUGGGUAUGGGUACCCACCCCUUCAGCCUGGACAACCUUACCCUUAUCAGCAGUAUCAGGAAAACAAAUCCCAACCACAGAGUAAUGGCAGCGGCCUGGCAAUGGGGGCAGCCGGGGCAGUCGCAGGGUUGGCUGCAGGUGCUUUACUUGGAGUUGUGGCAGAGAAAGAAUUAGAUCAUCAUCACCAUCAUCGCCAUCAUCACUGGUUUUGAAAAGUCUAUAUAGA